AUGGCGCCGAAAUCGCGGUUCACAAGGCUUGAUGCCUUCACGAAAACGGUGGAUGAGGCUAGGAUUAGGACAACCUCUGGUGGUAUUGUCACCAUAGUAUCACUCAUCAUCGUCUUAUACUUGGCCUGGGGAGAAUGGAGGGACUACCGCACGAUAAUCAUCCAACCGGAGCUGAUUGUUGACAAGGGAAGAGGCGAGCGCAUGGAAAUCCACCUGAACGUAACCUUCCCCAAGGUCCCGUGCGAGCUUCUCACCCUCGACGUGAUGGACGUCUCUGGCGAACAGCAGCAUGGCAUCAUGCACGGCAUUAAUAAAGUCCGUCUGCGACCCAGCUCUGAGGGUGGCGGCGUGAUCGAUGUCAAGGCGCUUCGUAACGAGAAUGAGGUAGCUAUCCAUCUCGACCCCAACUACUGUGGCGGGUGCUACGGUGCCGACGCGCCGCCCAAUGCGCAAAAGAAGGGCUGCUGCAACACUUGCGAGGAGGUCAGGGAGGCGUACGCUCGGGCUGGCUGGGCCUUUGGUAGCGGGGAGAACGUCGAGCAGUGUGAGCGCGAGCACUAUUCCGAGAAGCUGAUGGAACAGAAGGCGGAAGGCUGCCGCAUCGAAGGCGCUCUCCGGGUCAACAAGGUUAUAGGAAACUUCCACCUUGCCCCCGGUCGAAGCUUCAGCAACGGCCACCACCAUGUUCACGACCUCAAGAACUACUGGGAGCCUGGCCCGAACAAUGUCAAGCACGACUUCACCCACAUCAUUCACUCCCUUCGAUUCGGCCCCCAGCUGCCGGAGGACGUCACGAGGAAGCUUGGCCCGAACGCGCUGCCUUGGACUAACCAUCACCUAAAUCCUCUCGACGGUACUCGCCAGGACACCAGCGACUCGAAUUUCAACUUCAUGUACUUUGUCAAGAUUGUGCCAACUUCUUACUUGCCACUUGGUUGGGAGAAAAAGGUCCGCAACAUCAUUCAGGGAGACAGUGCCAGCCUCGGUGCCUUGGGAGCCGCUGGCGAUGGAAGUGUCGAGACCCACCAGUAUUCCGUUACUAUUCACAAGCGUAGUCUAAGCGGAGGAAACGACGAAGACCAUGAGGAGAAAUUCCAUGCCAAGGGUGGAAUUCCAGGCGUCUUCUUUUCCUAUGAUAUCUCUCCCAUGAAGGUCAUUAACCGAGAGCAGAAGAGCAAAACAUUUACCGGAUUCCUGACUGGUUUGUGUGCCGUUAUUGGAGGCACUUUAACCGUUGCCGCGGCAGUUGACCGAGGCCUAUUUGAGGGUGCCACCAGGCUCAAGAAGCUGCGAUCAAAGGAGAACUGA